AUGGAGACGAGCAAUCGCCAGAGCCUGUUGGAAGCGUUCCGGAAUGAAACACAUGCAACACACACUGUUGCCCUGGCCUUUCUCGAAGAGCAUGGUUGGGAUUACGAGAAGUCACUGAAGGGGUACAACGCUUGGAGAGACAAGGAAGCGGCAGCUCUACGAUCGGGGCAGUCCGAUGCACAAGAGCGCGGAAAAGACGCAGAUUUGACGGAUGAAGCUUCCAGCAAGCUGAAUGGUGAAGUUGAGGUUACACUACGUGCACCAGCAUACGCUUUCGUACUGCCAAAUCUGUUCGAGUUAGCAGCGGAUUUUCGAAAUUUCCUGGAGAAAGAUUUGAUUGAAACAGGCAGUAGGCGACACACUCUUUGGCGUCGUUGGCGCUGGGCCGAAAGUAAGUCAAAUUUGCAGUCAGGCCUUGUUCUCACUGAUGAAGAAUGGCAACGCGAAUGGGACAAUAUUCUGCAUAUGGCUGCAGCAACACCAAGGACACUUACGAAUUUCUCGGAGCAGGUAUAUGAGAGCCUCGAAUCAAUCCAUGUUUUCGCGCUUGCUCAUAUUCUCAAACGACCAAUUGUUGAACCUACUUUUGCAGUUGUUUCGGACACAGUGCUCCGUAAUGCAGCAGGUGAGGAGCUGUCGCCAAUUCCGUUCGGUGGUAUCUAUUUGCCGUUGGAAUGCCCAUCGGCUCAGUGUCAUCGUUCGCCGCUUGUGCUCUGUUAUGAUUCUGCGCAUUUCUCGGCACUGGUCACUAUGCGCCAUACGCCGAAUAAUACACUGCAACUUGUUUCGGACACAGUGCUUCGUAAUGCAGCUGGUGAGGAGCUAUCGCCAAUUCCGUUCGGUGGAAUCUAUUUGCCGUUGGAAUGCCCAUCGGCUCAGUGUCAUCGUUCGCCGCUUGUGCUCUGUUAUGAUUCUGCGCAUUUCUCGGCACUGGUCACUAUGCGCCAUACGCCGAAUAAUACACUGCAACCUAUUAUUCCGAUUACGGAUAGGAACCGAAAUCUCCUUCCGUUGCAUUUCUCGGUCGAUCCAGGACCUGAUUUUACAUGGUGGAAGGACUCGGAAGAUGCUGAAAUUGCGGCGCGUAUUGAACUCACAGAAUCGGAUAAACUUUCACUUAUCUGUGAAUAUAUGGACAUCAUCAAAAUUGAGAAUACUUGUGAAGGUGCCAGUGAGCAAGUGAGGGUUUCGGAUUUGCACAGUGCAAAUCGUGUUGUCGCCGCGCAGCUUCAUUCACAUGCACAUGAAUAUAUGGAUCAUAUGGUGGAGAGUUACCUGUGCUCAGCGCGCGAACGUUUCGAACAGUCAAAAAAUACGCCAGGAAUGACCUCUCGUCAACGUGCCAGAUUGUCGCAUUCGUUCAGUACUUCUUCAUUGUCGAUAACAUGUAUCAAUAAUCACUGCCAGAAGAGCGCCUCUCAGUCAACGAAUUUCCUCUGCGACGAUUGCUAUGAGUAUCAGAAGCAGCUGAUGGCUUCUUUCGGAUGUUCACAGCCAGGACAUUUGCGCUCACUCCGUUCGUGCCUUGCAACUGCUGCGCAAAACUCCUCAAAUUCAUCACUGCGCAAUGGUACCAGUUCCGUCAAAUCAAACACUAUGCCAUCCAUUGCAUUUGCAUCCUUCGCGACGACUGCUCCAGCACAUGCAGACGAAAAAGAUGGCCGGGAUGCGGUGCAUCGUACAUCGAUUUCGGUUGUUGCUCCUUCGUUUUCCAGUGAAUCACAAAAUUCUUGCACUGCUUCGAGUCCUCGACAUCAUUUCGGUGAACGUGUUGCGGCCGGUUGCGAGGGAAAUUCAUACGAUGUGUUUGUAGAGAUUCCAUCAGUUUUUUCAUCCUAUGAUUUGUAG